AUGGAGCUGCUGGUGCUGGGCGGGUCUCUGGCCGCCUUCCGGCUGCUCAACGCCGCGCUGGAGCGCCUCGUGCCGCCGCCGCCGCCCGCGCAGCGCAACCGCUGGAAGUGGCGCAACAUCUGCACCUCCUUCGUCCACAGCCUGCUCAGCGGCGGCGGGGCGCUGCUCGGGUUCUACCUCCACCCGCAGAUGGCCGAAGACCUCAUCGACACGCACUUGCCCGGGGCGCACCGCCUGCUGGGCGUCUCCGUGGGAUAUUUCCUCCAGGACUUCAUUGAUAUGAUGUGCAACCAAAAGUUGUGCGAGUGCUGGGAACUACUGUGCCAUCACUCUGUGGUGAUCGUCUGUUUCAGCAUUGCCUUCCUGAUCCACCGCUUUGUCGGCUUUGCUACGGUGGCUCUGCUGGUGGAAAUCAACUCGGUCUUCCUGCACCUGCGAACAAUCCUGCGUAUGGCGGGCUUGUCGCACACGUCUUACUACCGUGUCACCAGUCUGGUUAACUUGGGCACCUAUAUGGUGUUUCGCAUCAGCACCCUCGCCUGGAUGACCCGCUGGUUGGUUCUCAACCGGGAGAGCAUCCCUGCAGCCACCUAUGUGGUGAGCGCAGUGGGCCUGGCCAUCAUAACUCCUAUGAACAUUGUACUGUUCUAUCGCCUGCUGCGCAAUGACUACCUGAGGUCCAGUCAGCAUGACAAGAGGCAGUAAUGCUACUUGGUUCCCUCUAAGAACUGGCUGAAGGCCAGGGAGAGAAAAAAAGAGAGGAGGGCUGCAGGAAUGAGAAGGGUCUUCCAGGUUGCAACUGCCUUUAGCCUCUCCGGCUGGAUUAUGAACAAGCAGGAGCUGCCUCAAGUCAGGGAAAAGGCACACAGAUGCUUCCAGAGAUCCUUUGAGGAUGUGCCUGUGCAUACUGGUUGCAGGUCUGUGCAGCUCUAAAGGAAGGGACCUGAGCAUGGUGGGCACGCUGAGGGGGAAAGGGUGUGAUGUGGUGUCCCCCACAAUGAGGGUGCUUAUUGAAAUGACUUUGCCCUGUGCAACUGUGUUUUGACCUUUGCUUCCAGCACUGCCCCCCUCCCUGCCACUGCUCCAGGCAGUGUGGACUUCCCCGAGCAAGGUGAGUGCUUCUUUAGCAGGAGUUCUACCAGGCCAGUUCCAACACCAGACUGUGCGCUUGUGCUGGUACCUUGGAUUCUGGAAAGACCACAGAAGCCCUGAACAGGUGGAAGGUAGCCAGGACUUCACUUUCCUUCCUUAUCCUUCUUGCCUGUUCUUCAACAAUCUCUCCUGACUUAUGUAUUAUAGUCCCUUCUGUAGAGUCUGAAUAUGGGACUGUCCCUGUCUGUAUCGGAGGGGGCAGCUUUUAUGCGCUCUGCCCUUUUCUUGCUGUACCGUGCCAUGCCAUUCCACUCAGCCUCUUGGUAACUGACGUUCUCUGGGAUGCAGUUCUCCCAGAAUCGGCACAAAAGUCUUUUGGCUAGAAUGGGGGUGGGGGAGCUUCUUUGAAGGGCUUGCUCAGGUGCAGUAAGCUCUUAGAAGCCCCCUCUCAUCCCAUGAAGAAUGUAAGGGGACCAGCUCACACUUGGACCCUUGGAGGUUCCCCUCGUAUGUACACAGACAGAACUCAAAUACUACCACCCUAGUUAUGAAGGGGCCCUUGAAGACAGAAGCCACUGCUAAGUUGCUGCAGGUGAACAUCUUUGGAGGGAGUGGAGCCCAAGCUUUCCAAAUGAAUUCUAUGCCAGGUGGCAAUCCCUAGCUGACCCAGUGGUCUCUUCCCUAUCACGGAUACUGAGGACUAGUACCCUCAACCUGGGAGAAGCCACAUGGCUCUUUGGUGAUGUUCAGGCUGCUGCUGCAGUGCUAUGCGCAUUUGAUGGAACAUGCACUUACAUGAUGCAUUGGUUUUGUAACAAGCUGGAUGUGUUUGC